AUGGAGGACGGAACCAACGAAGACCAGAAUUUCUAUUCUAGGCGCCCGCUCCCUCGAUCCCCCGAGCAGCAACAACAGCAUCGGCAGCCUCCCCAAACGCCCCCUGAUCUGUCAAACUCCUCAUCUAUCUCCCCUGAAUCCGAACACAAGAUCUCUGCCCUCACCACUGCCAAUCUCCAGGCUGUGACGGCAAAUGGAUUCGAAAUUGGACUGAGCCCGAAUGGGGAGCCGGAUGAGUUCUACAGGGAGUAUAGAGGUGUACAACAAGCGUCGAACGAGCAUACUGAGAUCACAGCAGACGGGAUGACUGCAAUGAUAUCCGACCCUCGAUCUGUACCGUCUACAAGCUCGAAUAGCAAUGGCACGGCUCCUAGAAAUCCUACCUUGCCUGUGCUGCGAAACAAUCUUAAGCCCGCGAACCGAUCUGCCUCUGCACCGGUCAACGACAAGUCCGUACUAGAAAAUGCCAAAUCAUCGCCUGCGCUCAAUGGGAAGUCACAGACUGGGAAGCCGAGCGUCAAAGAUUUGUUAAAGCGCUUCGACCAAAAUAAUAGUGAACCAUCACCCUCUGCACCGCGAAAGUCAGCCCCGCGUCUUGUUACAAAGGAGAGUCCUAGUAGCAGUCAUGGACACAUGAGGGAUCGUGUCGGAGAUCAGCCUCGAACAGCAUCGGCCUCGAACCUUCAUAGAAAUGGCACAUCAAGGACAGGAGGGUCGUCCCGAAAUUCAGGAUCUGGCGGUACGAAGUCUCCGACAGCUGCGAGACCGAGUCCGUAUGCCCGGCCCACACCUGAGAACCAGCGUUCCGAAACCCUAUCUGGUGUAGCUCGUGCAACUCGGCCAGGGAGUGCAGUAUCUGGCAAUAGCCCAAAAGCUUCGAAGUCGAUGAUAAACCUUCCUCCUAUCUCACCUACCUCUCUAUCCAAACCACCGGCUAGGAAACCGCUAUUUGGCGAAAUUCUUCCUGUCGGACAGGAGGCCUCAGGUGUUGGAUAUGGUAUAUCUCAAGCAACUUGCGGAACAUCCGAAUCUAGUUUGGAUCCUUCUGGGACCCAACCACGGAGCAAGUCUAGCCUGGACAUUUCUCCAUCCUCCCCAACGGCCUGGUACCUCGGGGUAACUCCAGCCUUGGAAGACGUGGAUCCUAACAAAGCACCACACAUAUCACCUGCCCACAACCGGAAUCACAGCGAUCCCGUAGAUACUAGAGUCAGAACUACGAAUAGUGGUGACACAUCUUCUCCUGCCACAUCCGCAAGUAAUGCCCAGAUGCACGAGGCAGCAAAGUCUGCAUCACGGUUACCGCUGUCAACUAAGAGGCGCAGCACUCCUUCUAAUUCCUCGAGCCCGACGUCAACUGGUUCAAGUUCGCCAUUCUCGAGCAGGACACCCGUGAAUACGAAACGAAAAUCAGAUCAGAGACCAUGGAGCCCGGCGGGCCGUGCAAUGACAACCACUACCCGUACCACCCCACCUGGCAGCACAACUGCCCCUACCAGCCUGUCCCCACGAAAGGCAAAGAGCCCUAGGAAGCUCAACACCAACUCCUCCAGUCUCAAGGCCUAUAUCUCUGCUCCACCCCCAAAGACGUCUCCACCUUUGCGAAGUUCGCGACCGCGACUACCUGUUUCAUCUGCGUCAACUGUAAGCUCUAGAUCGAGGGCUGCUGAUGGCUCCGGAUCACCGCAACAGGUUCGAAGUGGGAUGAAGAUUACACGCAAUGGCGGAUCGAAUGAAUCCAAGCCCCGGAAGAUUGUGGAUUCUGGCCCGGUUGACUUUGCCGCUCGCCGUGAACGAAUCCAGAGGGCCUAUACAAAAUCCAUCCAUGAGAGUGAGCAAAGGGAGAUCCGCGCAGCAAAUAUGCGGCGGUUGAAUGAACAUGAGGCCCAGGAGACGGCGGGAGAGGAGAGUCGUGAAGGAGGUGAAAUGCCAGAAUUGCCCCUACCCACCGAAUCCGUACCGGAUCCCGCGCCCACUGCAGUAAAACCUCUGCAGAUAACGACCUCUUUUUCCCAACCUCAGGAAGGCAGAUCCCUAGCGGGUCCAGAUUCUCCUACACUGGGUAUGCCCGGAACUUUUCUUGUUGACGAGGAGGAGCCGGCAUCAGCUAUGACUGACGCUACUGGAACCACCGAAUUUGAUAAUGAACAGCAAACUGAAGCUCCGCAGUUAAAUCGUAUGUCUGCAGCAGCGCAAUUUUCGGAGGCUAUGGUGUCUAGCAGCCUCUUUCAAUGGGACGAUUUGAGUGCGGAGCAGGCCUCCUUCAGCGUGGGACACUCACUUAGAAGCGGACCAAAUUCUAUCGAGGGUUCACCCAAUACUUCACCAGCCGAGGAGCAUCAGCCAGACCAUACACCGACCAAUGACAUUUUCGAGCCGGAUCCAUUACCCCCCGGCGCUUUCAGGCACUAUUCUGUGCAAUACGAUCAACCCAUUCCUGCUACCACAACCACAGCAGCUGGUCCGGAGCAGAUUGCUGAACAUCAUGGACCCGUGGAUUCGCUGCAAUUUAUAGAUCAAACUACUGGCAACGUUGAUAGUAGCGCUCAGGAAGCAGGAACCUCACAGAUCCAUCCGCCUCCUCAAAUCUUGUUCCAUCCAGAGUCCGAGACUGCAGACUCCAGCGCUUUAUUGGGUAUCAGCUCUGCUCCGCAAUCACUGGACAUGAACGAUGUCCAUGACUACUUGAACACUCCUGUUACAGAAUUGGAUUACGAGAGUUCUGAUGGAUAUGGUGCUAACGCCAGUGAGCCGGAGGUUUACGAGGCAUCAUACGAACAAAAGCACGAUAUUCAAAGUUCUACUCGCAUCUACCGCUCAAGCCACCAGUCCUCUUGGACUAACGAUUCAGUGGAGACAGCUGAAUCUUCUGGGCAUGGUGAUUACUCUUCUCCGCCUCUCCAAUCAAUGCCGGAGCCUGAGAGAAAGCCCACGCCGCCUCCAAAAUCUCAGCCGUCCCCUGGCAUCCCCCCAAAACCCGAGAAUUACAGCCCCCAGCCGUCCCCAGUUUUUGCUACUGAAACCCCACGCCGCGCGAGUUCCAAUGCUCGCCCCGCUCCCUUGUCGACAGACUCAAGUUUUCGAAUCUCUUUCUCGGAUCCCGCACCAGUACCGCUAAUACCGCCGUAUUCUCCACCCCCACCACCAGUCCCUCGGCAGCUAGAUGAUGUACAGCCAAUUCGUCCGACUCGAUCUCCACCUCCGCCCAUUAUAUACAACAAUGGGGCGACAUCCAGCUUACCCCCAUCGAAUCAUAACAACACAAGCCGUAACACGGAGUCCCCACGCGCUAGUGGUGAUUUUUACUCACCGAGACCUUCUAUAAGUACACCAAGAUCAUCAGCUCAGAUAUCAUCGGUAGAAAGUACAGCCAACCAAUCUUUUGGAUCCAAGGAUGUGUUACUGGACCUCUCGGAAGAGGAUAAGAAGGCCGCAGAGAAGUUGAGAAAGCGGCUAUUCCAGCGUCGAAUGCUCAUCAAAGAAUUGAUCGACACUGAAUCCGUCUACCUGAAGGAUAUGAAUGUGGUGGAAGAAAUCUACAAGGGAACUGCUGAGGCAUGCCCUAAGCUGGAUAGUAAUGACAUCAAGGCGAUUUUUAGGAACACUGAUGAGAUCGUUGCUUUCUCGACCAUAUUUCUCGACGAAUUGAAAUCUGCUGGUUCGAGUGUCUACUCUCCACGAUCACAAAGGAAAGGCAAAGCCACUCCUGCAGCAUCUACGGCCCCUUCCCCAUCUGUUGAUGACCGAUUUUCUGUGGCACCCACCUUUGUGGAAGACAGCGAUGAUCAGAAAGACCGAAGAACUUUUAUCGGAGCGAACUUUGGCAAACACCUCAAGAAGAUGCAAACCAUCUAUACCGACUACUUAAAAAAUAGCGAAAACGCGAGCGCUAGACUGGCGUCGCUACAGGCCGACAGUGCGGUUAAAGUGUGGCUUAGUGAAUGCAACCUUGUUGCUAAAGAUCUGACAGCGGCCUGGGACCUUGACGCUCUCCUUGUCAAGCCAGUUCAGCGCAUUACGCGCUAUCAAUUGCUUCUCGCCCAGAUAUUCGAACAUACUUCCGAGGAUCAUCCAGACUGGCCGGCUUUGCGCGUCACUGUCGACGAGUUGGCUAAGCUGCUUAAGAACAUUGACGACCUAAAGAAGAGGAUUCAGAUGGUUGGUAAAAUCGUCGGCCGAAAGCGGAAGGAAUCAGACGUUCGUUCAGGAAUUGCCAAAGCCUUUGGUCGUCGUACAGACAAACUCCAAGCUGUAAAUAUGGCGCGUCCUCAUGAUGACGACGUAUACCUCAGGUUGUACGAAAGGUUCGGCCACGAUUUCUUGAGAUUGCAGGUUGUCUUACGCGACGUUGAGUUUUAUACUCGGGAAAUCACGAUCUACGUGAGGAAAUUCUUAGAAUACCUCUCGUCAAUCGAACUCGUCAUGCGGAUCUCUGCCAGUACAAAUCCCGAGAUUGAGAGCAAGUGGGUUCGUUUCAACGUAUCUAUGAGGGACAUAGGAACCGUUGCCUUGGAGGAUCACUUGGCCUUAGUGCGGUCAAAGGUCAUCGAGCCUUUUGAGAGUGUCAUUCAAUCCUACGGUCCCCCAAGUCUCGCAAUCAAGAAGCGCAAUAAGCGCCGCCUCGACUACGAGAAAUAUUUGUCGCUGAAGAGCCAGGGCAAAAAGAUCGACGACAAGCUCGCGGACAUGGUUGACCAAUACGAGGCUUUGAAUGAAACUCUCAAGCUUGAGCUGCCGAAACUUUCGACUCUCACCGAGUCUGUCGGCAAUGCUUGUCUCGUUCAGUUCGUAAAUAUCCAAACAGCGUGGUAUGGAAUAUGGCAGGACAAGUUACGAACCGUUUUGGAGGAGGACCGGAUGCCGAAGGAUAUCGCGGACAUGAUCAAUAUGUUUGCCCAAGAGUUUACGCAUGCCGAGGCCCUUGUCCACGAGCUUGGAAUUGUGAAUGGUUACUUCCUCACAGGCAUAGCCACGUCGAAAGGCCGGGUAUCUGAGUCUACACAAUCGACAAGCGAUCCUAAAGGGCGUCCAUCUAAUCUAUCGAGUCGGUCUCGCGGAUUGUCUGUCGAUAGUGACAAUACCCCAAGUCUUCCAACGCCAGAUUUCGAAAGACACCACCGGCACAGUGGUCAAUUUGUCUUUUCGCCGAUUGCCCCCACCCCUCCAGAAGUCGCGCAGUCUGCUCACCAGGCACAAUCACAUUCCCAGUGGCACACCCGGAACGGUUCGAUGACUCUUGCUACUCCUGAUGCCACGUCUACAUUUGGAAACCGUUCACAGGCCUCGAAUCUGGCAAGACCAAACACUGGACGAAGCUACACCUCCGAAAGUGGAGCUGCGCGACCCAGCACUGAUUACAACAGCCAGCACCGACGGGAGUCUGGUUCUACGUCUACUUCUGGUUACCACCACGUCGACGGGCCACCUCAGUCCACUAGACCAUACUCCGAACUUUUCAACUCUGCAAUGCCUCUUCCCGAUGGCCCAGAGGAUAGCCAGCGAUCGUCAAGAGCUUCUUCUCGAGACCGCAACGUUUCUGGCGGCUACAAUGUCCUCUAUCUAGCUGCAAGUUUAUUCGAGUUCAACAUCGAGGCGACAAAAUCCGAAGCUGGAUACCCAUACCUUACCUACGAUGCGGGUGAAAUCUUCGAUGUUAUCGGCGAGAAAGGCGAGCUCUGGCUAGCCAAGAACCAGGACGAUCCUUCAGAUCAGGUCGGUUGGAUCUGGAGUAAACAUUUCGCGCGCUUAGCAACUUGA